AUGUCCCCCGCCAUUCUAGAGGUAGACUAUAAGAGAUCUCCCCCCUCCCAAUCUAGAGGUAAUUCGGUUUCGUUUGGGACGCAACCACAUGUCACUAAUUCAGGUAAUACGGUUCCGUUUGGGACUCAGCCCCAUGUCUCUAAUUCAGGUAAUACGGUUCCGUUUGGGACUCAGCCCCAUGUCACUAAUUCAGGUAAUACGGUUCCGUUUGGGACUCAGCCCCAUGUCUCUAAUUCAGGUAAUACGGUUCCGUUUGGGACUCAGCCCCAUGUCACUAAUUCAGGUAAUACGGUUCCGUUUGGGACUCAGCCCCAUGUCACUAAUUCAGGUAAUACGGUUCCGUUUGGGACUCAGCCCCAUGUCUCUAAUUCAGGUAAUACGGUUCCGUUUGGGACUCAGCCCCAUGUCACUAAUUCAGGUAAUACGGUUCCGUUUGGGACUCAGCCCCAUGUCUCUAAUUCAGGUAAUACGGUUCCGUUUGGGACUCAGCCCCAUGUCUCUAAUUCAGGUAAUACGGUUCCGUUUGGGACUCAGCCCCAUGUCACUAAUUCAGGUAAUACGGUUCCGUUUGGGACUCAGCCCCAUGUCACUAAUUCAGGUAAUACGGUUCCGUUUGGGACUCAGCCCCAUGUCUCUAAUUCAGGUAAUACGGUUCCGUUUGGGACUCAGCCCCAUGUCACUAAUUCAGGUAAUACGGUUCCGUUUGGGACUCAGCCCCAUGUCACUAAUUCAGGUAAUACGGUUCCGUUUGGGACUCAGCCCCAUGUCACUAAUUCAGGUAAUACGGUUCCGUUUGGGACUCAGCCCCAUGUCUCUAAUUCAGGUAAUACGGUUCCGUUUGGGACUCAGCCCCAUGUCUCUAAUUCAGUGUUAUCCACACUCAAACCACGUCUGAAAAGAGCAGGAGAUGCCAACCACGGCCCCCUAUAUAGUGCACUACUUCAGACCAGGACCCCCUAUAUAGUGCACUACUUUAGACCAGGGCCCCCUAUAUAGUGCACUACUUCAGACCAG